AUGGCCUUGACCCGAGGCCAGGCUCGCCGCCUGCGUGAGGCUCGCAUCAAACACCUGCUCGAGCUCCCCAAUGAUAUCCUCUUUCGGAUAUACUUGCACGUCGGCAGCCUCGACACAGCAUGGGCGCUCAUGUGCACCUCGCGCAAACUGCGUGCCGCUUUCCACGUCGACCCCGUCAAGGUCGUCGACACCAUCCUGACCAACAGCAUGCCCGAUCCGCUCCUCGGACUCGUGCAGGCUGUCUGGGAUCUGCAAUCUGGAACCCGAUCGAGACGCAUGACUCUUCGUCUCAUGCGCUACAUUGACCAAGCACACUGUACAUCGUCAUUCAACACGCAUGCGGUGUCCGCCGAGUUUGUCCGCGGCUUCAUCAGCCUGGCGCGCAAGAUUCACGCAAUGGCACACUGCAUCUUGGAGCACUGCCUGACCAACCUCAACAAUAUCCAGGAAAAGCUGUGCCCCUUUCCGACGCUGUACCCGGAAAUCGAGCGGCUCUGCUCGUGGAAGAGCGGCCGCUGGAAGCGCGUGGAAUCGGCAAAGUACCUGGCGCCGCCCAGCUGGUCCGAAAAGCUGCGCAUGAUGCAAGGACUGUGGCUUUGCGUGUUUCACAGCUCGCUCGUGCAGGCGCAGCAAGAGGGCGACGCGUGGAUCUGCGCAGAGUUGGCGCAGCUCGAAAGGGACUCUGACCUGCGUCUGGAACACUUUUUCGGCAACGGCUGGGCCGGCACGUUCUGGACAAUCGACCACGGGCUGGCCGUGAUGCACCUCCCGCCGCAAGACAUGGAUGCGCCGUACAACGAGGCCGUUGUCCUGCCGGCGACGAUGCCUCUUCCGACACUGCCGCGCGGAACGUUGGCGCGGGCGGCGCAGAGCUACUUGGAAUCGUUCAAGCACCCCCCCGCUGGCCUUGAAGAGCUGGCAUGGGAUGAGAUGGACCCGGAAACAGAGGGGUACUGGUUUCUCAUUGGGGAUGACGUUGGAAUGGCUCCCGUUGUGUCUGCUCUGCAUAGGCUCCCGGCAUGCGAGUACGCCCACCUCGGCGUCUUGCACUGGAGUUGGGAUCGGAUGCAUGCCUUGGGGCUCACGUAUCGGGGCGACCAUCGUAUUUAUGCCAUCUGGCACGGGCGCGUGUACAAUUACUGGCUCAGUCUGUUGCCCCAGUGGCUCAUCAAGAGAUGGGAGUCGAUUCAGGCGAGAGACAAGGCGGAGCAGCGCAUUAUGAGAGGGGCUGGAAGAGAUGGAAAUGGGCUAACAUAUAUCUAG